AUGGCACAGGAAAUCCAUGAACCAAAGGAUGUGGAUAUCGAGAGCAUAAGGCCGCCAUCUAAAAAAGAGGUAGAUAAAUAUCAGCAUGCAAAUGCUACAAUAAUUGCAUUGGUACGUAAUAAUGAAGCUCUGGCUAUAUCUAAAACCAUCAGAAGAUUAGAAACAAGUUUUAACUCCAAGUUCAGGUAUCCAUAUACGUUCAUUAACGACGAGCCAUUUACUGAGAGGUUCAUGCAGCGAAUGCAGAAAUUAAGUGAUGCCCCUAUGGAGUUUGUUACAAUUCCAAAAGAAUUAUGGAAGAAGCCAUCCCAUAUUGAUGAAGAACGCGAGGAGAAGGCUAUGCAGAUUUUGUCCGAUCAGCGGGUUUCGUAUGCAAAAAAAGGAUCUUAUCAUAAUAUGUGUCGGUUUUACCUGGGUAAUUUUUAUAAUGUUCCAGAAUUAAAGAAAUACCAAUAUUAUUGGCGUAUUGAACCAAAUGUUCAGUUCUACAAUGAUUUGAAAUACGACGUGUUUAAAUAUAUGGAAGCGACUAAGAAAGUUUAUGGUUUUGCAAUUAACCUCUACGAUAUUUCGGAAACCGUUGUAUCAUUGUGGCCAGAGACUUUGAAGUUUUUGAAUAAGGAGGAUAAUUAUAAAUAUGUAAACCCAAAUGGUGCAUUUCAGUGGCUUUUAGAGAACCAACAGAAUCCCAAGAAUAACAAAAAGGCGAAUGGGUAUUCUACAUGUCAUUUCUGGUCCAAUUUCGAAAUUGGUGACAUGGAUUUUUUCCGUGGUGAUGCAUACAAUAACUGGUUUAAACAUUUGGAUUCUACCGGGAAUUUCUAUUAUGAACGUUGGGGAGAUGCGCCUGUACAUUCUAUGGGGUUGGCAUUAUUUGCCGAUACCAAGGAUAUCCACUGGUUUAGAGAUAUAGGAUAUUUCCACGACCCAUAUGUCAAUUGCCCUAAUUCUCCUAAUACAAUUGGCUGCGAAACUGGCCAAUUUAGUAGAUGGGGCCACUUGUCAGAUCAAAAUUGUAUGGCAAGUUGGAUUGAUUAUAGUAUGGAAGAUCCGAGUGCAAUAUAUUAG